AGCCCCCACUGCCCACCCAAAUCAUGCCUUCAAUUCCAUUAACUUUGACCAGCUGAAAAGAACAGAGUAUUCCAAUCAACCAUUUUUUAUUUUCAUUCAGGUUCGUCUUCAAUAUAAGAAAUGACACAGCUUAAAGGUGCUUUGUACUAGAGAUGAGAUGCAUCAAGGGCCAAUGCCAGGCAGAAUAGAAAGCUCCGGAGCACAUGGAGAACAUGACAAGUUUUAAAGCGCUCAACAUAGGCUGUACUGCCAGCAAGAAAUUACCCACGUCCAUUGGGGAUUUUCAGGAUCCUACAAGAUCUGUAUGGGCUGGUGGAGGAUCUCUAUUGCUAGAUGUUGAUCCAGCCUACUACAAGGAUCCCGUAUUCAGCACCAUCAGUAUCAUUUAUACUUAACUCCAGCUAUGAGAGGUUAUCAGCAACAUGUUGCAGUUCCUGAUUGGUUGGAAUCAAUAUUCAGCCGAUUAUUGCAACAUAGAAGCCAGAAUCAUCCCACAUGAAUCAUGCUUCCCAAUACCUGCAUGAAACACACAUCCACAUCCUUUGACUAUUCACACAGCCAAUAAGGACGUGAUACAACAAUCAGCCAUUUCCAUGCUGGUCCAUUUUUUAUUUCAUAGAUGACGUGAAGCAGCUAUAAUGUAAAUGGGGAAGUGAAUGAAACCCGUCCACUUUGUUACUUCAUCAAGGACUUGGUGUGAUAAUCGGCCAUUCACAUGCUGGUUCCCUCUUAAUUUCAAGGAUGACAUGAAGUAGCAAUAACGCAAAUGGGAAAUC